AUGGCUAUUCUAUCUCUUCUGCUCUCGCCAUGGGCCAUGGCAGUGGCUAUCCCCGUGUGGUUCGCUUUCUACUACAUGUACCCCUAUUUAGUAUCAUAUGGACACUUGAGUCGAGUCCCGGGUCCUUUUGUUGCCAAAUUCAGCAACAUAUGGGUCGGUUUAAGUGCCAAACAUGGCCAGAAAUAUGCGGCAGUCGACGCGGCGCAUCGAAAACAUGGUAGAGUCGUCCGUAUUGGUUUCAACCAUGUAUCUAUCGCCGAUGAACGGGCAUUGAAUGUUGUUUAUGGACAUGGAAACGGCUUCCUCAAGGAUCACUAUUAUGAAGCAUUUGUGGCUCGAACACCGGGCAUGUUCAAUGUUCGCGACCGCGCCGAACACACACGCAAGCGGAAGAUUAUAUCCCAUGCCUUCUCUCCCAGGUCAGUCGCUGCGUUUGAGCCGUUUAUGGCGGAGAACCUACAGCGAUGGACAAGCCAACUGGACCGGAUCGCGGCUUCCCGGCUACAACAAAAUGAGAAGGGAUUUGCGCGAUACAACGCGAUGCCCUGGUUCAGCUAUCUUGCUUUUGAUAUAAUCGGAGAUCUGGCAUUUGGUUCACCAUUUGGCAUGGUAAACAAGGGAAAAGACGAGACUGAGACGCAGCUAGUGACUGGAGGACCGAUUUCAUAUACCCCGGCGGUGGAUGUGUUGAAUAGACGAGGCGAGGUCUCUUCGACACUAGGCCUUCUCCCAGCACUCUGUCCAUGGGCUCGGUACCUCCCCGAUCCAUUUUUCACCAAGGGCGUAGCGGCCGUGGAAAACCUGACGGGGAUUGCUGUCGCCGCUGUCUCGUCACGACUGGAUGCCGCGGAAAAGGGAAUGGUCGACUCGCGCAAUGAUAUCCUUUCGCGCUUGCUACAAGCAAAAGAUGCUAAUGGAAGACCAAUGGAGCGGGAUGAGCUUAUAGCCGAGGCUCUGACGCAGCUUAUCGCUGGCUCUGACACAAUAUCCAACACGGCCUGUGGUAUCUUUUACUGGAUCCUCCAUGGAGAACGCAGUGCGCCGGGCAUGAUAAUUCCUCGACUACAAGAGGAGCUAGACCAGGAAAUUGAGCCCGGAGCGAGAAUCGCAUCUUAUUCUCAAGUCAAAGAUCUCCCAUUCCUGCGAAGAUGCAUUGAUGAAGCGAUGAGACUUCAUUCUACAUCGGCAAUUGGUCUGCCACGUUUGGUCGCCGAUCAUAGCCCGGGCGUCGAUUUUGAUGGCUUCCACUUCCCCCUGGAACAGUACUUUCAGUGCCCUCGUAUACUAUCCAUCAUAUGA